AUGGACGAUUAUAUGCCAUCGCGGUACCAGCCGCUCGGGCGCAUCGGCGAGGGUGUGCACGGUAUCGUCGUAAAGGCCCGGGAUCUGCAGUGCGAUGACAAGAUAGUGGCCAUCAAGAAGCUAUCGCUGCGGACAAAGUUUGGCGUCGUUUCGCUCAACACGGUCCGGGAGAUUCGGGCCCUGCAGCACUGCCGGUGUGACAACGUACUGGAGCUACUCGAUAUGUACCCGGACCUGACCGGUAUCUCGCUGGUGUUCGAGUACAUGCCGCACACGCUGUACAGCAAGCUGAAGGACGACGAGAACCCACUGUCACGGGCCACCGUGCGCCGCUACACCGGGAUGCUGCUGAAGGGGCUCGCUUACCUGCACGGGCUGCGGUUGAUGCACCGGGACAUCAAGCCGGCCAACCUGCUGAUCGACCGGCACGAUGUGCUGAAGAUAGCGGACUUUGGGUUGGCGCGCAUCUACAGCGACGUACCCAAACCGUACUCACCGCAGGUCGCCACCCGCUGGUACCGGGCACCGGAGAUCCUGUGGGGUUGCCAGCAGUACGGCCCGCCCGUUGAUCUGUGGGCCAGUGGCGUCGUGUUAGCGGAGAUGCUACGCGGUGUACCACUGUUUGCCGGGGCGACCGACAUCGAGCAGCUGGCCCUGGUCGUCCGGACGCUCGGGACACCGAAUCUGAAGGAUUGGCCCGAAGUGCGAAGCCUUCCGGAUUAUAACAAAAUCCGCUUUCCGAACGCGCGCGGCGAACGGUGGGAGGACAUCUUUCCCAGCUGCACCACCCGGGACGAGCUCGGGCUCGUCGACGCGCUGGUACGGUAUAAUCCCGCUAAGCGUCUCACCGCGGAAGAGGCAUUACUUCAUCCCUACUUCAGCGAAGCGGUGGUGAGUGAAAAUUAA